AUGGCAUCCCGCCUCCUCUCCCCAACCCUCCUCCACGCCGGCUUCCGAACCCCCCUCCUCGUCGCCGCCGGGGUGGGUUUCUCCUCGGCCAUCAUCCUCUCGCCGCUGCUGCAGAUCCAACGAGGGAGACCGCUCCUGCUGGACAGUUCGCCGGCGCUGGGGAUCAAUUCACGCGAUUGGUCCUCUUCUACUUCUUCGCGCGAUGCCAAAGUGCCCGUGGUGAAUGCCAAUGGGAAGCUGAACGCCGGCGCGGUGAAGCAGUUGAGUCUAGGGAGCAUCACCGGCCUCUUCGCCGGUCUAGCGGUAGGCUUCUUCUCCAAGCCCCUGGCGAUCAUCUUCGGCCUGGCGGUCGCGGGGGUGGUGACGGCGGAGAGCUACGGGAUUCGCCUGAUCCCCUAUUCGAUGCUGCAGCGAUACAUCAAGGGCAUCGACUUCAAGGGCGCGGUGCGGGACAACGUGGCGCUGAAGGUCAGCUUUGGGCUCAUGUUUGCGCUGAGCGGGUUUGCGGAGCUGUGA